GCGGAUUCCUUCAGGUGCCUUGUGCGAGUGAGAGAGACGGAGGAAAUUCAUCUCAGCGCUUUCGGGGCACAAAUAUGUGUCACAGUCAGAAGGACUGUGAGCGAGCAGCGGAGGAUUUAAUUUGAACAGCAGAGAGGAUUUAUUUCUAAAGAAGAUUCAUCUUUUCCAUUCCAGGAAGCUGCUCCAGAGCUGCUGGGGGAAUUCCACUUCAUGCUGUGGUAAUCAAUGGAAUAAAAACCGUCAGAGUAGAGUGGAAAAGAUGAAGGAGCUGAGGAGUGCUUCACAUAUUUCCUUGCUGCUUCUGGUCGUCCUCCGCCUGAGCACACCGUCCUCAGCUCAGGGAGCUCCUGCUGCUGCUGUGUAUCGCACACGGCCGGUCAACGUCACGGCGGCUCUGGGAGAGUCAGCGGUGUUUCGCUGUGGAGUGGUGAAAAGAUCCCCGAACGUGACGCUCUCUUAUGGAAACUACAGCCUGACCUGCCCAGGAGAGGAUGUGGAAUACAUCCCUCAGGCGCUCUAUGGAACCUGUGAAACACCUGCUGAACAGUUUGUGGCUGUCUGGACGGUUAAGGGAACGUCUUACUCAGACAACGGCACCAGGGUGGUGUGUGAGCAGCCGCUGGACUCCUCGCGUCUCAUUGCUGUCCUCCAUGUUGUUGAUAACGGCGUGAGCUACUUCGUCCUGGUGGGCUGCACCAUCGGAGGCUUCUUCGGCAUCCUGCUGGUGUUUGGGUUAUUCUUCAUCAUGCUGCAGAGAUCCGAGACUCUCCAGAAGUGCUUCAGAGGGAAAGAACCAGAAGAAGACAUGGUGACCGUGGUAACAAGGGAGGAAAAGGAAGAGAAGCCAGAAAAGAAGAUAUGAGAGCGAGAGCGAGAGAGGUGGAUCAGACUGAGGCCUCGUUCAAUCCAGCUAUUGAACCGAUUUAAAAACGUUACUGUGUGAAUAUGAAACUCUUCUCAAACAAAAGCGAUGCACUUUCACUUGAAUUGUUGUGUAAACGGCGCCUCAUUUUAACUUUUUCACUCCAAAAAAACAGCCAACAUGAUUCUGUUUACCUGAUCUCUUGUUCUGAUCCUUCAGAAAACCUCCUGAGUGUGAACCUUUAGAGAAAACUGUAUGAAAUGAUGAAGCCACACCACCGGGUUCAAACAUUCAUCACGCCCUGCCUAUAAACGCUGUUGUUCUUGCGUCUGUACUCAGACUUUAUGAAGCACCCGUUCAAAAGCACUGAAGCCUCUUUCAACCACUUUUAAACCAAGGACUGAUCACGGCAGUGAUGGAAAUGUUCAGGAAGUGCUGAGUCAGGAAAACUGCUGAACCGUUGCUUAUAUACUCUAUUGACAGCAACCAACUGCAGAGAUACAGAUCUCUUGAAGGUAAAUCAGAGUCACUUAAUCAGAUGUUUAUUUCUCAUUUUAGAGAAUGGGACUGUUACUGUUACCCAUCAUGCACGGUGAAAUGUGCUGGACGGUGUGUUGAGAGUUUGUUUCACUUUAUACUGCGAGGUGAAUCGUCUUCAGGUGUCUGCAUGAAGACUACAGGAAGUCUGUGACCUCAGGGAUGCAUCACGCUCUUAAUGUUGUUAACGCACUUUAAUCUCUCUUUCUAGAAAUAUUUUGUACACCUGCAUGUCAGGUUUUGUUCUUUAUGCGCAGCGCACUGCAUAAUCAACUAAAUAAAUUCACGAGUAAAGAAAAAAGCGCAUACUUUUAAAUUUGUCAAAUAUUUUGGUAUAGCGUAUGGCAUGCAGCGAACUGUUAAAAGUGUUUCAUAAACACGUUAACAGUUCAGUGUUUGCUCAUACAGAAUCAUUGAACAUUGUUACUAGCACUAACUAUGAGGACUGGAAGAGUCGACCCUGUUUUUUGUGUCAUUUAGCCAUAAAGACAGAAUUCCCAUCACUAAUCUGCAGGAAUUAUCACAUCAAACCAGCUCUGAAGACCAUAGAGACUGGUGGGAAAAGAGAAAGGAUCAGUGAGCGACAGUUCUCUGGGUGAAGGACUCUGUUCAGGGGAAAAUGAUCGGUCUGUCUCCAGAGGACGUACAGAGGAAGGUCUCCUGAAGACGGUCUGUGAACAGACCUCCUUUAGGUCAGUCUGUGUAAAAACAAGCCAAAUGGAAACCUCCAAACCCACUGAGGCCUACUGAAAACAAAACCAGACCGUCCCAAGACCAAGGAGCAGGUCCACAGAGCUCUUGCUGCCCCCUAGUGGUGAACGCUGCACACGUUCGCUUUCAUCAGGAUUGCUUUUCACUUUCAGUUCUGCUUGUUGAUUUGAGCCCGAGCUGGUGUUCCAGGGGUCAGAGCUCCAGGAGGUCAUGGCUUUGAAAUCCUCAGAGGUCUCAGACAAGAACAUGCUUUUGGCUGGCCAUGAGGAGACACGGCUCUGUCUUUUGAUCUUCAGAAUUUAUUCCUCCUAUCAAAUCCAGUGUUUAGGAACAUGUUAACAUUGUCCUUUAAUCCAUGUACUUUAAAUAAAAGCUUGUAGUGAUAAAAUGCUG